AUGCCACCUCCAUAUCGCCAACCAUCCCAAGUAGGCGCCACGGCAGCGACAAAACGUCCUUUCAAACCUCCAGCCAUCUCCAAAGGCGGCGCAACCUCUUCAUCCAGUGGCAACGCUCCUGCCAGACCUGCUCCAGCAGCUCAGAACCCAACAUCCCGAGCGACAUCUUCCACAAGACCGCAACCAUGGAAUGCAAACAAACCCUCAGGCUUUCAAGCUGCCAGCGCUCAGUUCGACAAAGACGACCUUGAAGCCAUGCUCAUCUCGGACGAAGACGACGACAAUGAUGAUUUCUCUGCCGCACCCACCAGACGGCCUGGUCCACCUACCACCCUAGAACCAGCAGCAAAACGUCAAAAGACUGCGCCGCAAUUACCCACACGCUUGCCCUCUCUAUCACCGCUAUCUUCUGCUGUACAACCUGACCCUCUGCCUCAACCCGCACACGCUUCGGCUGCAGCAAUAGGCAGUAAANAAGACGAUAUACCACUGCUUCCUUCAGCUCUGAUAACACGCCUUCUACACGAGAGCUUCGAUGACAAGACCACCAAAAUAGGCAAAGAUGCCAAUGCAUUGACGGCAAGGUAUCUGGAUCUGUUCGUCAGAGAGGCAGUGGCUAGAGCUACAGAAGUGGCGAAAGAGAGAAAAGAGAUGAGAGAGGCUGGAGGUCAGAAAGUGGAUGAUGGCGUUUGGCUUGAUGUGCAAGAUCUCGAAGAGGUGGCGCCGGGAUUGGUCUUGGACUUUUGA